UUGAUGCGUAUUACUAUAAGCAACUGUGAGGCUCUCUGUGAUCCGUAGGUAACAAUACGAUCAAGUAUAGUACACACCAGCUGAUGUGAGAGUCUUUUCGUAUCUGUUAUUAUUUUGGUAUAGACAUCCAAAUACUCAGGUAUAUAUGUAUAUAGAUCGAGUUUGAUAAACAUCGUGUAUCCAUCUUUCUCUCUCUCUUGUGAAACGCAAUUCAAGUUGUAAAACAUUUAGAUGCAAUAUGACGUCGGUAGAUUCUGGUGUUGAGACUGGUAAUGAUUCAAACGACAGUUUAAUUGUUCAACACGAAAAUCUUACAAGUGGCCAAAUAAGUUGUAAUACUUCUACAACCGUUGCUAGUAUGAAUAGCAGCCAAAAUCAAGGACAAGAAAACGGACAGAAUACUUCUCGGAUAGGAUUAAGUCCAACCUGGUCAAUGGAUUUGAGUUUACCGAUUUCUUCAUUGUGUACAGGAUUUGGGAAUUAUGACUAUGAUUUAAGUCAAAAUUCGGGUGCCAGUACAUCAGGAGAACUCGUUGUAUAUCCAUCUCAGGGAUUUAGACCUCCUACAAGUAGAUGUGUUUCUGCUAAAGAAUUAAGAGGUAUCAAAGUUAUUCCAAGAAAGAUGAGAUCGUUACAUUUUCGUACUGAUCAGUAUUAUUCUGGUUGGAAAGAAUUCCGAGAAACUUUUUUGGAACGUAAAAUGCGACUCGCAGCUUAUACAAAUAAUAUUGAAUUAAUGAGAAGACUGUUAAAUACUGGUGUUUCACCCGAUAGUCGCGACGAACAAGGACGCACACCUCUUCAUUUAGCCUCUUGCAGAGGCUUCGAAGCAAUAGUUCAUCUGCUUUUGGAACAUGGUGCAGAUCCUAAUAAACGUGAUAUCAUAGGUAAUACUCCACUUCACCUAGCAGCAGUCACAAGUAAAAUAUCAGUAGUGACAUUGCUUUUAAAGGCUGGAACAAAUGUACACUCUUUGGAUAAAUAUGGUUGUAGUCCAUUACGAAUAGCACAGAAGAAAUUAAGAAUGUUGCAAGAAUAUGGAAAACCUCUUCAAGAAGAUAUGUUAAAAAUUAAAGAAGAAGUACACAAUAUAAUUGGUAUGCUAAUGGUGUAUGUACAAAAACAAAAAGACAUGUCUGAACAGGUCGAAACGCUUAGUAGCUUUUGUUCUCGUCUUUCGCUAUCUAAUACAUCUGAUCAAGUACAGGAUGAUGUCAAAGAUUUAUUGGCUAACAUAAAUUCUCUUAGUAUUACAAAUUAACUAUUCGCAUUAAUAUACUGUGAAUAUUACCGAUCAAAUUAUACAUAGUAUAUUAAUGCAAUAGGAAUGCUAUACAUUUUAUAAAAAAGACAGUUAUGAGAAUUAAUAAUAACUAUAGUGUUAUGUUUAAUAUCUCAAAGAACUCAUUAACUUUUUUGUUGUUUAUUAUAAUCGAUCAUAUACACGUAUGUUGUAAUUUAUUUUAAUCCUUGUGAUCCUACAGUCCUGGUCUAGUCAAUUACUAAAUUUUGGUUAUAAAUAACUUAUUGCAUUUUCAACACUUGUAUAAAUUUAAUUAAAAAUGUACUACUUAUGAAAUCUAUAUACUUAAAAAUUUAGUAUUCAACGUUAAAUAUAACUUGCUUCAUUGAUAUAGAAACGAAAAGUAGAGGAUUUAAAAAUGUCAUAUCUUUUGUCAUUUAUAAUUUUCAAUUACUUUAUUUCAUUUUGUAUUAAAAACUAUAUUACACUUAUUAUAAUGUUAUGAGGUCGUAAUUAUUAAUCUUUUAAUCAAUUUGACAAGACCAGGUACUUAAACACAAUGUAUAUCAUAAUUAACAUUUUUUUCUAAAUAAAAAUUUUUAAUAAUCGAA